GCAGUGUUCUGUAGGUGAGGGUUUUGUUGUGUAUCCAGCUUGUUGCUGUCUGGAUAUAAAGCACCUGACAGAACUGCGUGUUCUGACCUCACAUAACCCUUCUUCUGUGUCUGGAUUAUGUGUCUCUGCCUUGUCAAUAUGUACAGCCUGCCUGGUGCUGCGGGGUCAUUAUUUACCAGGCGCCAGCUUACAUCAGUCAUAUCUGCAAGGAAACAACGCAACUCCUGUCACUCACAGCUCUCUGUGAUCUCCCCCCGGUGCUCUGUGAUCUCCCCCCGGACUGUGAGGACCCCCGGUGCUCUGUGAUCUACCCCACCGGACUGUGAGGACCCCCGGUGCUCUGUGAUCUCCCCCCGGACUGUGAGGACCCCCGGUGCUCUGUGAUCUCCCCCCGGACUGUGAGGACCCCCGGUGCUCUGUGAUCUCCCCCCGGACUGUGAGGACCCCCGGUGCUCUGUGAUCUACCCCACCGGACUGUGAGGACCCCCGGUGCUCUGUGAUCUCCCCCCGGACUGUGAGGACCCCUCUGUGCUCUGUGAUCUACCCCACCGGACUGUGAGGACCCCCGGUGCUCUGUGAUCUCCCCCCGGACUGUGAGGACCCCCGGUGCUCUGUGAUCUACCCCACCGGACUGUGAGGACCCCCGGUGCUCUGUGAUCUACCCCACCGAACUGUGAGGACCCCUCUGUGCUCUGUGAUCUACCCCACCGGACUGUGAGGACCCCCGGUGCUUUGUUAUCUCACCUCUGGCUGUUGGGACCCCCGGUGCUCUGUGAUCUCCCCUCUGACUGUGAGGACCCCUCGGGGCUCUGUGAUCUCCCCCCGGGCUGUGAGGACGCCUCAGGGCUCUGUGAUCUCCCCCGGGCUGUGAGGACCCCUCGGGGCUCUGUGAUCUCCCCCCGGGCUGUGAGGACCCCUCGGGGCUCUGUGAUCUUCCCCGGGCUGUGAGGACCCCUCGGGGCUCUGUGAUCUCCCCUUGGACUGUGAGGACCCCUCGGGGCUCUGUGAUCUCCCCUUGGACUGUGAGGACCCCUCGGGGCUCUGUGAUCUUCCCCCGGGCUUUGAGGACCCCUCGGGGCUCUGUGAUCUCCCCUCUGACUGUGAGGACCCCUCGGGGCUCUCUGAUCUCCCCUCUGACUGUGAGGACCCCUCGGGGCUCUGUGAUCUCCCCUCUGACUAUAAGGACCCAGUUUAGUGCUUCCUCAGGUGCUGCUCUGUAAUCCUCCGCACAGCCUGCUCUGUAAUCCUCCGCACAGCCUGCACUGGACACUAUGUGAAGAUACUUGUAUCCAGGAAAAGCCUAGAGAGCCCCUCCUGCUGGGAAUGUGAUGGGGAAGCCCGGAAUGUACAUACAGGUUGCAGCGCAGGUAGCAAGGCAGCCGGGACCGCCAGGCCCCUCCCCCUAUUCUGCACAUGACCUAAGCAAGGGGCACCCAAAUCUGGCAGCCACCCCACCAGGACAUGCUUCGUCCCCUGGGCUAUCACAGGCCUCUUAUGCCACGGGGCAGAGCACCACGGCACCCACUCUGGUGUAUCCUCAGCCACCACAGACAAUGGGUACACAGCCACAGGCUCGCUCACCGUUUGCUGCUGGACCCCGGCCGACACAUCACCAGGGAGGAUUCAGACCGAUUCAGUUUUUCCCGAGGUCACAGAUCCAGCCACAACGUGCAGCCAUACAGAACAGUAACCCCUCCAUCCGAGCAGGUGCCCAGACGCCCACCGCUGUCUACCAGACCAACCAGCACAUCAUGAUGGUCAACCAUCUGCCGAUGCCAUAUGCAAUGCCGCAGGGUCCUCAGUACUGUAUUCCCCAGUACCGGCACAGCACGCCCCCUUAUGUGGGCCCUCCGCAGCAGUAUCAAGUGCAGCCUCCAGGGCCUAAUCCAUUUUACCCUGGCCCUGGGCCUGGGGACUUCUCUUCCCCGUACGGCGGCGCGUUUUACCCCAGUCAGCCAGUGUAUCAGUCCGCACCUAUCAUAGUGCCUCCGCAGCAGCAACAGCAGCCCCCGCCACCCACCAAGAGAGAGAAGAAGACGAUCCGCAUCCGAGACCCCAAUCAGGGAGGCAAAGAUAUCACAGAGGAAAUCAUGUCUGGGGGAGGCAGUAGGAACUCCACUCCCCCAAACCUACGGCCCAGCUCCACGCCAACACCUCCUCAGCUGCCCGGCCAGGCUCCGGAGCACAACCCUGUGGUGUACGGGACUGUGGAGAGCCCUCAUCUCGCUGCCAUCCGGGAGCCCAAGACAGAGGAGAAGCCAAAACUGGACUCUGUCCUGAAAUCAUCUCCUCCCGUUUCUCUGCGGCCGGAGCCCAGCGACUUCGGCAAGUGUGCCGUAUCGGAGCAGAUCCCGGACGCCGUGGCCCUGGACACGAGGCCUGAGCUGCACCAGAUUUCUGCCGUUCUGCCGAUUGUAGCUGCUGCAUCAGCUCCUGUUCUAGUAGCCACCGCCCCGGCCUUUACCUGCCACCUGGGGGACACUAGUGAGGGCGACAGCACGUUAGAGGAAUGCACGUCUCCUGAGGAAGCCGUCACCGAUGACAUUGAGGAGGAGCUAUGCAAGGAAUCACUGGGGAAACCCGUAGCCGCUGAGACCCCGGUGACUGCUCAGGAAAUGAAUGGCUUAAGCUAUGAACUUCCUACAACGGACAGUGGUGCUGUGGGGGAUAGAGUAACGUCGGGGGAAGAGAGUCUAUCGGAAAUACCUGAGUUGCCUCUGCCGACCUCCACGGAUGCCAACGUAGAAUGCACUUCUCCAAACGUGCCUCUAUCCUCGCCACCGCAGCCAGAUUCCCCCCCUCCUCCACUCAUUGCUGCUCCUCACUGUACCACUAAGACCUCCCCGCCUGCUGCUGCUGUUCUUCCAUCCAUCGGGUCAGACCAUGUGGAUGAGCAGGGGGAUGCCAGAACUUCCAUCUUGGCUAGGGCAGGGGACUGCCUGAACGUAGGACGAUUAGACGCUGACCCGGAGCUGGAGCCUAGUGUGACGCUGUUAAGUUUCACCUCCAGGAAGAGCCCCGUAGAAGCCCAAACUGUUGCAGCUUCACCAAAGAUGUGGCAGAAAUUCAGAGACGAGAGUCCGGACACGGAGGAGGUACGGAUGCCGAAUAUUGAGGUGGAGAGUGACGCUGCGGAGGAGAAGCUUGUAGAGUCAGAGCUGGAAGAACACAGUGGCGUCGGUGCUGACGCAGGACCGCUGUACCCUAACGAUAAACAGCUGGAAGAGAACGGCGAAUCGGAACUCCUGCGCAAUGGGGCAGAUACCAUCUCUGAAGGCGAAGGGGGAGACCCAUCGGGUACAGAGGAAGGAUACGCUUAUAAAUCAGCACCCGGCACAGUAGAGGAACCUCCAGAAAUGUCCCAGGAUCUUCCAGCGCCACCAGUUCCGUGUGUACAGCACGAUGGGAAGCGACAGUAUGACAGGGACUUCCUGCUGGGCUUCCAGUUUAUGCCGGCCUGUGUGCAGAAGCCAGAAGGCUUGCCGCCCAUCAGCGACGUGGUCCUGGACAAAAUCAAUCAGCCAAAGUUACCAGUGAGGAACCUGGACACGCGCAUGCUGCAGAAAGGGCCGGAUUUCACGCCUGCGUAUGCAGAUUUUGGACGAUUGGCCCCUGGGGGUCGUGGGCUGCCUUUGUUGAACGUGGGCGGUCCCAGACGCUCGCAGCCAGGCCAGAGGCGGGAGCCCAGGAAAAUCAUCAUGAACAUUUCAGUGACAGAUGAUGUGCACCUGAAGAAGUCAGAGAAUGCCUGGAAGCCCACUGUGAAGAGGGACAGCCUAGCUGAUGAUCCCGAGAAUAUCCGCACCCAGGCUCUCUUCCGGAAGGUUCGGAGCAUCUUGAACAAAUUGACGCCUCAGAUGUUUAACCAGUUGAUGAAGCAGGUGACCGACCUGACGGUGGAUACAGAGGAGCGGCUGAAGGGGGUUAUCGACCUGGUAUUUGAGAAAGCACUAGAUGAACCCGGCUUCUCGGUGGCGUAUGCCAAUAUGUGCCGAUGUCUUGCCACGUUAAAGGUACCGAUGGCCGAUAAACCCGGGAGCACUGUGAACUUCCGCAAGCUGCUGCUGAACCGCUGCCAGAAGGAGUUUGAGAGGGACAAAGUGGAUGAUGAUGCUUUUGAAAAAAAGCAGAAGGAUUUGGAGUUGGCUUCGACGCCGGAGGAAAAGACGCGCCUGCAGGAAGAACUUGAGGAGUCCAGAGACAAGGCUCGGCGGAGGUCCAUAGGGAACAUCAAGUUCAUCGGGGAACUUUUCAAGCUGAAGAUGCUGACAGAAGCCAUCAUGCACGACUGUGUGGUGAAGCUGCUGAAGAACCAUGACGAGGAGUCACUUGAGUGUCUGUGCCGGCUGCUUACUACCAUCGGCAAAGAUCUGGAUUUUGAGAAGGCCAAGCCUCGCAUGGACCAGUACUUCCACCAGAUGGAGAAGAUCGUAAAGGAGAGGAAGACUUCAUCGCGGAUCCGGUUCAUGCUGCAGGAUAUUAUAGACCUGAGACUGUGCAACUGGGUGUCCCGGAGAGCAGACCAGGGGCCCAAAACCAUAGAGCAGAUUCACAAAGAGGCCAAAAUAGAGGAGCAGGAAGAGCAGAGGAAAGUCCAACAACUGAUGACCAAAGAUAAACGGAGGCCAGGAGGAGUCCAGAGAGUGGAGGAAGGUGGAUGGAACAUGGUGCAAGGGGCAAAGAAUAGCCGAGUGCUGGAUCCUUCCAAGUUCCUAAAAAUCACCAAGCCUACCAUUGACGAGAAGAUUCAGCUGGUGCCCAAGGCUCAGCCUGGCAGCUGGGGGAAGGGAAGCAGCGGGGGUGCAAAGACCAGUGAGACAGAGUCUUUGCGGCCUGGGGCCCCUGGGUUAAACCGGUUCUCACCUCUACAGCCUUCGGUCGCUUCAACGGUGUCGUCCUCGCCUUCGGAACUGGACAGCCGUAGGAUAUUAGCAAGCCACGGAAACUCUGGGCGGGAGAAGAACGAUAAAUCUAUGCCACCCCCUGCAUUGGCUGCUCGUCCCGUGAGCUUCCGCCGCGGCAGCAGUGCCAAGGAUCUAAUAGACAAUCAAGAUGAGCAGCGGCGUGAAACGCUCCACACCGUGAAACAGCUGACGGUGGCCACAGAGCAGGAAAAGACGACGAGCUUAGAAGGAGCGGCCAGAGAACCCGCCAAGUGCGAGACCCCAGAACCGGAUAAGUCCCCUGUGUCAGAGGAGGAGAUGGAACGGAAGUCUAAGGCCAUUAUAGAUGAGUUCCUGCACAUCAACGACUAUAAGGAGGCCAUGCAGUGCGUGGUGGAGCUUGGUGCACAGGGCACGCUGUCUGUCUUCGUCAGGGUGGGUGUGGAAUCCACGCUGGAGAGGAGUCAGAUCACCCGGGAUCACAUGGGGCAGCUGUUGUUCCAGCUGGUACAGACUGGGAAGCUGCGCAAGCAGGACUUCUUCUCGGGAAUUUCUGAGACCCUGGAGCUGGCUGAGGACAUGGCGAUCGAUAUCCCACACAUCUGGCUCUAUCUGGCGGAGUUAGUGACCCCAAUGUUAAAGGAGGGCGGUAUCUCUUUGAACGAGUUAAUCACGGAGUUCAACAAAGCUCUGCUCCCUGUGGGACGUGGAGGUGUGUUACUGUCUGAAAUAUUGCACCUUCUAUGCAAACAAAUGAGCCAUAAGAAAGUGGCCGCCUUGUGGAGAGAUGCUGGCCUAAGAUGGAAAGACUUAUUGCCGGAAGGGGAAGAUGUACAGAGUUUUGUAAGUGAAAAGAACUUGGACUUCACACUGUCAGAAGGCCCCAGCCCAUCAGAGACCCUCUCCAGGAAAGAGAUGACUGCAGAGGAGCUGAACAAGCGGCUAGAACAGCUUAUUAUUGAGGAGAACGCCACUGAUGAACAUAUAUUCGAUUGGGUAGAGGCUAAUCUAGAUGAAACCCAGAUGAGUUCUCCCACAUUCCUUAGAGCUUUAAUGUCCGCGGUGUGCAAAGCGGCAAUAGUAGGAGACUGUUCUUCCUGUCGUGUGGACACUACCUUCCUCAAGCAAAAGGUUCCAGUCUUAGUAAAGUACAUGGACUCCAAUGUAGAGAGGGAACUGCAAGCACUUUAUGCCCUGCAAGCAUUGAUAGUAAAACUUGAUCAACCUCCCAACUUGCUCCGGAUGUUCUUUGACUGCCUCUACGAUGAAGAAGUGAUUUCCGAGGACGCCUUCUACAGGUGGGAAAGCAGUAAAGACCCGGCGGAGCAGAAUGGGAAGGGUGUAGCACUUAAAUCAGUCACUGCCUUUUUCACUUGGCUGCGGGAGGCAGAGGAAGAGUCAGAGGACAACUAGAGACUUUAAUCAAAUGACUUUCUUGAGACCCUCAAGGUGGAGACUGAUGAGACGCAUUGAGGGUCACUUUCAGCAACUUUAUAUAAACAUUUUUUUUUUCCUUGCGUUCCUCUCUUCGCCAAUCAGGGUACAGAACAGUGGAUAACCACAAACGUGAAGGGAAUGAACAAAAAUCCACACCUGGGUGAUGACCGUUCCCCAGUCCAAAAAUUAAUUGGAAUUGUUUGAGGUGAUCAUGGAGAGAAUGACGGGAGCUUAUCGGGAGAGAAUGAGGGGAGGUCGCCCCACAUAACUAUUUAUAGAAGUAAAUAUUUUUUUGUUUUAAUUGCCCUCCCAUGCCCGCUUAAUUUUUCUUUUUAUUCUUUUUUUUAUUUUUUAAACAAAAACACACACACAAAAAAACAAAAAAAAAACUUGUCCUUAAAUUUAAAUCCACAGACCAUUUCAGAAGAUGGGAAAAUAAUUUAUUGUCCAUGGACUACGUAAGCCAGUGUUUGCUCUGUUCAGUGAAACAGGCCUUGCUCAAUAAGACGGAACGUGGAUUCUUCCUUGCGUUGCAGCCAGUCUUUUAUAUUUAAAAGGCUAUAAAGAUACGUUUUAUGGCAAGUGAGGGCUCCGGCUCUCCAAGGUUGCAGCAGAAGCUGGUUCAAUUGGAAAGGUUUGAAAUGAGGUAAAAAUUGAGUGUCGGUGUACAAUGAAUAAUGUCGCUCUCUCCGGGAAUACCCUUGUGCGCGUACAGUGCACUACUCUGACGAUGCCGAGCGAAGGCGCUAUAGAGUUGGGCGACCAAUCCUCACCGGUGCUGGAGUUUCGGUAGCGAUCCUCGGCGUGAUGCCAAUCUCUCCAGGCUGCGCGCAGGUCUUGCUGUCUGCUCUCAGCUCUGUGGAAGUGCUGGAGCCCUACGAUGUAGGACCCUAGGCAAACGACUACAGAUGCCGGUUUGCUGUUCUAACGCACCAAACCGGCGUCUCUGAAGCAUGGUAUAAAACAAAAAAUAAUAAAGAAGAUUAAUUUCAGUAUUUUAACAAUUGAAUCGCCAGAAAUACAGAGACAAGUACGAGAGAACGCAUCCUGGAGUUGGGGAUGCCGUGGUGAAGAGCUGGAAGCGAGCGCAGGAAGUGGGGCACACAUCUCCGGACCUGUACGAGCUGCAGCUUUCCACAAUAACGGUACAUGCCACUAUGCCAUGCUAUCUCUUAUGUUGUAUUUCUAUUCAUUUUAGCCUGGUUUCCUAUGGAAAGAAAGGCUAAUAAAAAUAUCUGUACCCUG